UUGAAUAAAACUAUCGAAAAUAGGGUGUUUCUCGUGGAAAUCUAACUAAAUUUAGCUAUAAAGUGAUAUGCUUUCUUUCUAAACGAGUAGCAAAUAAAACUAAACCCCCCGCAAGACGUGUAUUUAGCGCGUGAUUAGCACUAACGGCUCCAACAAUGGCAACCUGCAGCGUCGUAUCCUGGACCAUUGGAUUAAUUUUAAUAGCAUCCACUACUUCAGCUCAAACCAACCCCACAAACCAGGCGCACCUUCAAAUUGGCCCCCAGGAUGCAACGGUUAUCGUUGGACAAAUGCAAAAUGUUACCCUGCGGCUGCACGGUACCCUUUCGGAACGUGUAAUCGUUAAUUUUACCCAAACAAACGUGACGGCCGGUAAUGAGUACGUCAAAGUAAUUCCAUCGUCGAUCGAAUUCGAUCCUAUACCGUCCAACGUGAUCGAUCGGUCUGAGCGCGUGUCGCUCGUUGGGCUUCGCGCCGGAAUAUUUGACCUGCUGGCACACGCCUUUCCGGCGAGCGAUUUAAUUGACCAAAGUCAAGCGUUCGUGCGUGUGACGGUUGCCAAGUCGUGGAAGCUUAUUACCCUCUCGUCGACCAUCGGGUGGGCUUACUUUCUUGCCUGGACGUGGUCCUUCUGGCCACAGAUAUGGGAAAAUCGUACCCGUGCCAGCGUGGUCGGGUUGUCGUUCGACUACCUCGCCCUGAAUCUGGUUGGUCACACGAUGUAUGCAGCGUUCAAUUGUGCGCUGUUCUGGAACGGUUCGGUGCAGGAGGAGUAUCUACGGCGCAACCCUCGGGGUUUGAUUCCGGUGCUAGUGAACGAUGUGGCGUUUUCUUUGCACGCCGUAUUUGCCACCACACUCAUCAUCGUACAAUGUUUCUUCUACGAGCGUGGCCAGCAGAAGGUGUCAUACACGGCACGUGCCCUGAUGGUAGUCUUUGGACUGGUGGUGUUCAUAUCGGCCGUGCUGGUAGCAACUGGGACGUAUCAAUGGUUGGAUUUCUUUUAUGAUUUAAGCUUCAUAAAGUUGGCCGUUACGCUCGUCAAAUAUAUACCGCAGGCGGUGCUAAACUAUCGUCGUAAGAGUACCGUCGGUUGGAGCAUUGGGAACGUCCUACUGGAUUUUACAGGUGGUUCCUUCAGCAUGCUCCAGAUGCUAGUCAAUGGCUAUAAUUACGAUGAUUGGGAUUCAAUCUUUGGAGAUGGUGCCAAAUUUGGGCUUGGAUUUUUCUCCGUACUCUUCGACGUGCUCUUCAUUGUGCAGCAUUACGUUCUCUACAGGAACUCGAACUACAUUGAACUACGUGGAGAAAACUAUCCCGGUCCUGGAAGUGUUACCACUGCACCUCCCAACGGUGUGUCCACAUAAGUUUAUAGAAUGGGUAUGAUGUUUGUAAUGUAGACUGAACGGCAAGAAGGAAUAGCAAAACAACUUGCUAGAAAAUAUGAUCUAUUCAAAAGACUUGUUUCAAUAAAUAAAC